GAAAAGAAGAAGAAGAAAAAGCGAAAGAAAAUGACGUUCGGCCCUGCAAAGAAGAAGAAGAAGAAGUGAAAGCUUGAAGCUUGGUUUUGAACGCAAAUCGAGUGUUAAAAAAAUUAUAUUUUACCAUUUUACAGUGUUUUUUUGACUAGAGAGUUUCUUUUGAAAGGUUCAAAAGAGAAAAUUGUGCAUCAAAUAUUCAGGUGUAAAAUCCAGAGAUUUUAGCUGAGAAUCUUCCAUAAAAAACUAACCUCACUUUUACUUUCGCCGCCGGGGAAGAGUCUGUCAGGAUUCCCAAGCCGGAUUGCGGAAAUGAGCUGGAAGACUGAACCACACUCAUCUUCUCAGUCUUAUGACUUCUACAAAUUAGCCUCUAGUGGAAUGGAGCAUACGAGCUAUAAGAAUCCCGGUGGUGGAAGACGUUCUCAGGAACAUGAUGGAAGGCGUCAAGGACGUAGAUAUGACGGAGAUGAAUCGCCGACGGAGAGAUAUGGUUCAAAAUCUCCUUCAAGAGCAGAUUUGCGGGAAUACUUGGAGACAAGAAAGCCAAAGUCGUGGAAGCGAUCAGUGGGACGUUCUAUGUCCCCUCCAGGGAAAAAGAGGUACGACUCUGAUGAUGAUGCCACAAAGGAUCUGCAUAAGCAGUUAUCGGAGCUGAAGAAGAGACACAAGGAGUAUGAAGCUGAUUUAGAAUCACACCCUAAAUAUCAAGAGGAGUGGCGCAAGUUUUGGAAUCGCCGUUGUGAUGAGCUUCAUCAUUUCGGUGUGGAUACGGAUACAUACGAUUUUAAGCCUGAAUGGUUGGAAUUCUGGAAGCUGCGCUUAAAGGAACUCUACGAUGAAGAAAGCGAACCGAUUAUUAAAGCUAUACGGGAGGUAAAGGAACGCGAAGAAGAUGACAAGAGCUGGAGUAGCGAUGAACCAUCAACGGUGACAAAUCCCCUGAAGGCAAUGCUAAGAAAAUCACCAUCACUUGCACUGGAGGAGAUUUCACGUGCCAAAAGUUCAAGGACUCCCUUAUUGAUCCAAAACAUGGGAAUUUCGCCGGAUACCAAUGAUGACUCUCUUACGAUCACAUCAGCUCUGGAAACCAUCACAAACCUCGAGGAGGGACUCAGUCGAAUUGGACCAAAAGUAAUUGAUUUGGUCGGGAAAAGCCUUGGGCUCAUUGAGGGGAUGGAUUUUGACAAUUUCGACCGUUCAAAGGAUAUGCCUAAUAUAAAAGAGCGUCUCAAUGGGCAGCUUUUGCACAACAAAAUUCAAUCUGUGCAGAAAACAUUUGAAAACAUUACCACCAUACUCAGGGGCAUGACAAGUAGCCCAAAUAAAAAUAAGAAAUGUACUUCAGACGAUCCCAUGAGCUCAUUGAAUGAUGAUGUGAAGCAGUGGAUGUCCAUCUUCACAGAUGUUAUUGAGAACAUCGAAGAGAAGCGUGUGGAAGAGAGACAUUUUAUUCAUCAGUCGCCUCAGCCCUCAGGCACGGAGCACCUCACGGAUGCUGAAGUGGAAGCUCUUCUUCAAAACUAUGAUACAUUGUCGGAAAAGGAGAAAAAUCAUCUCAUUAUGUUUCUCAAGAACCUCGAGAAGACGGAUGAGGAGCGGGUGAAGCGACUCAAAUACUUUUUCAAUGGACAAGUAAAUCGAGCUCUUUCCGCCGUUCCUGAUUCCACUGAUGAUCAUCGUUGGAAAGAUAAAUCACGCGAUAGAUCACGGAGUCCUCUGCGGUCUCGUGAUCGUUCGCCAAAGAGGUCUCGUGACCGCUCACCUAGGAUGCCCCGUGACAGGUCACGCGAUAAAUCCUAUUCUCGUUCACGAGAUAGAUCACCGGAUUGGUCACGCGAACGAUCAAGAUCACGCGAAUGGUCUCCCGAACGUUCUCGUGAACGAUCACGCGAAAGAACACGCGAGAGAUCGUAUUCUAUUGAGCAGCAACGUUCAAAGCGUCCACGCACUCCAUCACCCAUUCCGGAAAUCUUUGAUAAUCUUCAUACGCUGUACCAGGAGCAGUUCAAAGAUCCCUUCUAUUCGGAUGUCAUUGAGGCCAUCAAGCAGCCACAUUGGCGAGCACCACCUGAAGUGGAUACAUUUAUAAAGUUCUGGAAGGGACUUAAAAUUGAUCCGGAAUCUGGGACACUGAAAUUAAAUCUGAGUGGUCAGGAGGUAUUUGUGAUUCCGGAUCGGAUUCAACGGAAUGUCGUUCAGGAUUUCCACCGGAGGAAAGUGGGAUCAGGCCAGUUGAUGUGCCGUUCGCGUUCAGAUACCAUCUCGUACGUGAAGAAGUAUUGCUUCAUCCCUAACUACAUAAAAGUCAUCAACAAUGUUAUCGACAAGUGCAGGUUCUGCAAUCAGAAGAGAAAGGGCCGAAAACCAAUCGUUGAUCAGUCUGGAGAGUUAUUUUUGUAAUUAAAUCCUCUGGUGACAUUUACCACGUGAGAGUAAUUUCAUUGUCUUCUGUUAUUACUUUUUGUCCACUUUCCAAAAUUAUUAUACCUAUAAUUUGUGGAAUUUGAAAAAAUAUAUAAUAAUUGAGAAAAAUCACUUCAAAUAAA